CAGUGCACACAGGGGACCUGGCCCGGCAGCCAUGGCUGACGAGAAGACCUUCCGCAUCGGCUUCAUCGUGCUGGGACUCUUCCUGCUGGCCCUGGGCACCUUCCUCAUGAGCCAUGACCGGCCCCAGGUCUACGGCACCUUCUACGCCAUGGGCAGUGUCAUGGUGAUCGGGGGCAUCAUCUGGAGCAUGUGCCAGUGCUACCCCAAGAUCACCUUCAUACCUGCUGAUUCCGACUUCCAAGGCAUCCUGUCCCCGAAGGCGAUGGGCCUGCUGGAGAACGGGCUUGCUGCAGAGAUGAAGAGCCCCAGCCCCCAGCCCCCCUACGUCAGGCUCUGGGAGGACGCUGCCUAUGAUCAGAGCCUGCCCGACUUCAGCCACAUCCGGAUGAAGGUCAUGGCCUACAGUGAGGACCCCCACCCCCUGCUGGCCCCCGAACCCGGGAGCUUGCAGCCAGGAGUCAGUGAGGGAGGGGAAGGUGGCCCUCCAGACGCUCAGGCCUGCGUGGAGGCUGCAGUGGUGGUCCACAGGGGCUUGGAUGAAGACGCGAGAGAAAGAAACCCAACUCAGAACAGGCCCAGCUCUCUGGCCUGUCCCCAGGAUCUUGCACCCUUGGCUUCCUUCCAAGAUGACCUGGACAUGGACUCCAGUGAGAGCAGCAGCCCCAACACAUCUCCACCUGAAUCCCACCCCCCACCUGGGGAAUCCUGGGUCUGCAGGUGCCGGCUGGACCGCUACCAGGACUUUGCCCUGAUUGAUGCCCCUGUGUUGGAGAAUGAGCCUUUAGAGGGGCAGCGUCAGGAGGCAGCCCUGCCCAGCUACUGGCAGCAGUCCCCGAGGACAAAGGAGAAGAAGGAAGAGGAGGCUUCAGACUCAGGCGAGGGAGAGCCAGAGCAGGAAGAGGAAGAUUUGUACUAUGGGCUUCCGGAUGGCCCCGGGGACCCCCUCCCGGACAAGGAACUGGACUUUGAGCCUGAUGCCCAGGGCUGAGACAGCUCUGCCUCCUGGGUUCUAGCCCGGCCCUAUUGCUGACACCCA